AUGACUACAAUUCUGAAUCCCAUGAUGGCUGAUCAUGAAUCGAAAUUCGAGCGUCUUGCUAGACAAGUCGAAAGGAUUGCUCGAAUUGUCAAUCAUGAUAAAGGUGAAAGGUAUAAUGCCAAGAAAAAUAACGAAGGAGCAAAAAAUGUUUUUCAAAAUGAAAACAAUGUUUUGAAUCGAGAAAAUCCUUAUGUAGUUCCUCGAUGUCAAAAUGCUGAUGACCUUUUAGCCAAAUUGCGUGGCGGUGAACGUUAUCAAGUCACUAGAAUUGUGGAAGAAGUAUUAAAUAGGGUUGGACUGAAUGUUGAUUUUAUGAAUCAAUCACAUUUUGUGUCUGCUUUUUCCCAAGUUGUUCAGAUGGCUGAAGUGCCAAGAGGGGUAAAGAAUCUGAAAAUAGUCACAAAAUUUGCUGGUGAAGUUGGAGAAUCAACUACUGAACAUGUUGCUCGUUAUUUGGUCGAGAUCAGGAACUUAGCUAAUGAUGAAAAUUUGAAAAUAAAGUUUUUUUCUUCUUCAUUGAUGAAGAAUGCAUUUACUUAG